UCAUCCAUCACACUCUCCGGAGUAUCAAAGUUUUCUCCAAACUAUAAAAGGAGGUAUCCCACUCCUCAGAGAACCAUCCCCACCAUGGAUCUCAUGUCCCCCAACAAGGCCCACCUCUCCUCCCUCCUCCCAUUCAAAUUCAAAAAUCUCCAAGAUCUCCCUCCAAAUCUCAAACCAAAACAAAACCCAUCUCCACCACCCAAUGCCCACCCCACCACCCUGGAUCACACCAAGCAAAUCCAUGCCCACAUGAUCAAGACCCAUCUCAAUCCCAGCCGUCCAAUCACCCCCGACGACCCAAUCCAACCCCAACCCACCCAUUUCAACUUCAUCAUCACAUCUUACAUCAACCACGACAAACCCAAUUGGGCUAUCAGCGUUUACGCCCACCUGCGUGCUGCUAACAUCUUUAUUGAUAAUUUCACAUUGCCGUCGGUCCUGAAAGCCUGCGGCCGUCGAUCGGAGAUCGGACAAGGAAAGGAAAUCCAUGGCUAUGCAUUGAAGAUUGGGCUUGACUGGGACAUUUUCAUACAUAAUGCAUUGGUUCAGAUGUAUUCAGAAUGUGAUGAUAUAGAAUCUGCUCGGUGGGUGUUUGAUAAAAUGCCUGAAAGAGAUAUAGUCUCAUGGAGUACUAUGAUUGGAAUCUACAACAGGAGUAGGUUCUUCUACGAAGCUUUGGGUCUCAUUAAAGAGAUGCGUAGCUUGGAAAUAAGGCCCACGGAGGUUGCCAUGAUAAACAUGGUCAGCCUCUUUGCAGGCAUCGCAGUUUUGGAAAUGGGGAGAGCAAUGCAUGCUUAUGUUAUAAAGAAUUGUAGCUCUGAGGUUAUUGGGGUUUCUGUAAAUACUGCUUUGAUUGAUAUGUAUGUUAAGUGUGGUAGUAUAAGACCGGCCCGGCGGAUCUUUGAUCAGAUGGUUAGGAAGAGUGUUGUAUCAUGGACAGCCAUGAUUGCAGGGCACAUCCGUUGUGGAAACUUGGAUGAGGUGCUGAAACUUUUCUGUGAAAUGCAGGAAGAGAAUGUGAUUCCAAAUGAGAUUACAAUGCUAAGCCUGGUUUUGGAAUGUGGGUCCAGAGGGGCUUUGGAAUUGGGCAAAUGGUUGCAUGUAUACGUGAUUAAGAACGGGUUUGUUAUGUCCAUUGUCCUAGCGACGGCCUUGGUAGAUAUGUAUGGUAAGUGCGGUGCAGUCGCCAGUGCGAGAGCUGUAUUUGAUCGUAUGGAUGGGAGGGAUGUGAUGACAUGGACAGCGAUGAUCUCUGGGUACACAAAGGCCCAGUUCCUUGAUCAGGCAUUUGAUCUCUUCAUACAGAUGAAGAAUGCAAAAAUCAAGCCGAACGAAGUCACAAUGGUUAACCUCCUCUCACUGUGUGUGGAAGCUGGAGCGCUCGAUCUCGGCAAAUGGAUCCAUGCUUGCAUCGACAAGCAGGGGAUUGAAUCGGAUGUUGUACUAGCAACUGCUCUGAUUGAUAUGUAUGCCAAAUGCGGGGAUAUAGAUGUAGCUUACGGUAUAUUCGUCACUGCUCCACAUAGAGAUGUAUGCAUGUGGAAUGCCAUGAUGGGCGGGCUAGCCAUGCAUGGUCAUGGCAAGGAAGCACUUGAGCUCUUCUCCCAAAUGGAGAUUGCACGGAUAAAGCCCAAUGACAUCACAUUCAUUGGAAUCCUCCACGCAUGUAGCCAUGCGGGAUUGGUUGCUGACGGGCAACGGAUUUUCAACCGAAUGGUGCAUGAUUUUGGAUUGGCACCAAAAGUAGAGCACUACGGAUGUAUGGUAGACCUUCUUGGACGAGCAGGCCGACUCAACGAGGCAUACAAAUUGAUAUGCAGCAUGCCCAUCAGGCCCAAUAUCAUCGUAUGGGGAGCACUCCUCGCUGCCUGUAAGCUUCAUAGAAAUCUAAGUCUGGGAGAAUUGGCCGCAGAACGGCUUCUCAAACUAGAGCCUUAUAACUGCGGUUACAAUGUGCUGAUAUCGAACAUCUACGCGGCUGCUAAUAGAUGGGCGGAUGUUGCAGACAUGAGAAGGGCCAUGAAAGAUGUUGGAUUGAAAAAGGCGCCUGGGUUUAGCUCGAUUGAAGUGAAUGGGUCAGUUCAUGAGUUUGUGAUGGGCGAUGAAUCCCAUCCAAAAACUAACGAAAUACAUGAAAUGAUAGCUGAAAUGAGUAGAAAACUAAGAGAGGCAGGGUAUGUAGCAGAUACUUCAGCUGUGUUGCUCAACCUUGAGUAUGAAGAGAAGGAAACUGCCCUUAAUUACCACAGUGAGAAACUAGCAAUGGCCUACGGUCUGAUCAGUACAGCUCCAAACACCCCAAUUUGGAUCAUUAAAAAUCUACGGGUAUGCGACGAUUGUCAUGCUGCAACUAAGCUUCUUUCAAAGAUCUAUGGCCGAGUGAUUGUCGUAAGGGACCGGAACCGAUUUCAUCGGUUUAGUGAAGGAUCUUGUUCUUGUAGAGAUUACUGGUAAGACUAGAAGCCCAAAUUUGGGUCUGGUGUCCCCCACCAAUGGUUCUGUAGUGAAGGAUCUUGUUUUUGCAGAGAUUACUGGUAGGAGCUCUGCCAUGCCCACACAGGAGACACUGGUGCCGUCUAUCAGGUAGGCCCAUUGUGUAGAGGACCUUGGCCAGAAUUUCCGAUCACCUGCUCAUCUGGUGGGCCAUGUGGGAAUUGGGCUUGGACGGUCAAUGGCUUUUCUAAACCGACCAAUGUUAUUGCACUGCCCAAAUUUUUAAUGCCUGUUUAUUUUGCUAAUUUUCAGGGUAAUGUUAAUAAGCCAUCAUUAAUAUUUUACAGUGCUUAUUUAAACAAGUAUUACGACACAUAAUUUGAGGAUCAAAUGCAAAUAUAAUAGAAGACUGAUAAAGAUAUUUGUAAUCAUUACAAUUUUAUAUUGUGAAAUUGUCACAUAUAUGAUUUUAUAUGAAUAAAAUAAACAAUUAAAGCA